AUGAAUAUAGAAGAUUCAAAAAAGGUGAAUCGACUUCGGGAAUUGGUUAGCGAGGAGCUCAAACCCGGCGAUUAUUACAAUACCGACUUCAAUCUACUCCGAUGGAUCCAGGGAAACGCAAAUGACAGCCUGGAAGAGGUGGCCAAGAAGCUAAAAACACAUUUGAAAAUGAGGUAAGAGCUGUCUGACUUAGCCAUAAUGCAAUAUAUAAAACUUUUUAGAAAGUCAUGCUGGAACUUGGACGAUAUGGCCAGAAAACCGAGAUUACACACCAUCCACAAGCACUGGCGCUAUGGAAUCACAUCCGAAUCCAAAGUCCUUUCCAACGUAAUUGUCAAUAUCGAACAAGUAAGUCAAAUUGAACGCAAAGAAAUCGCUAAUUACAGUGCGGCGAGACGGAUUACUCGGGGAUGAUUGAAACUUUCUCGAUUCAAGAAGUCAUGAAGGCCAGAUGCCAAGAUCUCGAAGAUCUCCUGGCUGAAGUAAUGGAAAUGGAAGCCAAAACAGGUAAGUAUCUGCGAUCUGAGAAUCGUAUUUGAUGAUAUUGAUCGUAACAAGAAUUUUUCGCAUUCCGGCAUUUCGGGUCGACGAGAGUUUCGGGUCAACAUAAAAUCGGUCGAUGCGGGAUCUAGAAGAGGCGGAGAGCCAAAACAGGUUUUUAGGAAGUGCCUACGAGGCCUAGGAAAGCUGUUUAAUGCUCGGCAGAGGUUCGGCAAAGGCUCGGCGGAGACCUACAAUCUAAAUAUUUGUUCUAUUAACGGUGUAAAUCUUCUCCAGGCCUUCCCCAUGCAUACAAUGACAAAUUCGGGCACCCCAGAGUAGUCUGAAAUGUUGUUAACCCAGAAAAGUCAUAGCACCGAAUUCUUUAGGGAAACAAGCCUCCAUCCUCUAUAUUAUGGACUUGACUGGUCUCCAAUACAACACCCGGCUCUACACACUGGUCACUGGUGCUAUGCGCGCCCUCUCCGAGUUCAUGGCCCACCAUUAUGUGGAGAUGAUCAGGUAUUUCCUUUUGGUCAACGUCCCUUCCUUCAUCUACACCAUCUGGAUGGUGGCGAAACCGUUGAUCCCGGAGAGGACGCGUCACAAAGUCCGCAUCCUCUCUUCUCAUGGGUGGAGAGACGAGUUGCUUGAGUAUUCGUGUGUCGAUGCUUUGCCUACUAAAUGGAAUACGGACUCGAUCACACAUUUCAAGGCCCAUGUUGACCUUCCGGUUCCCUAUCCCGUAGAAAAUUACUAUCGGAACAGAGGGAAACCGGCCUUGAAUUUGGAAAAGAUCAGACUGGCGGCCAGGAAAACACAAAUAAUAACAAAAGAACUGAAACAAGGACACGUGCUCAGCUGGUUUGUUAGUGCUGAUUCGGACUUUGGAUUUGGAGUUUAUUUCACCAAAAACAAAGAUGAAAAAGAUCUCGAAAAGUGAGUUGCUCCUCCUAUUUCCCGUUUAUAACUAUCAUCAAGUUCUCAAAAUUUUCUUUCCAGAAUGAGUACAGUAUAUCCAUGUCUGGAAUGGAUGCCCGGUCCAUCCGAAUCCCCGCUGGAUGGUGAAGUUACGGCACUGGAAGAUGGCUAUUACAGGAUCUGGAUGUCCAACGAACGAGCUUGGUGGCACACCCUGAGCUUGCAAUGCAAAUUCGAGGUCAAUCAAAACGAGUAAUCAUAUACAAAUUGUAAUUAGCUGCUAUUGCGAUCACAUUAAAGAACAUAAUCUUAAGUAAAAUGAGAGUUCCAUUUGAGAUGACCUAAUUUGGAGAUUCCCCCCGCCUUCAGAAGCCCCUUUUCGGAUGUUUCGAUCAUGAAAACUGCCAUCUUCCAGGUCUUUAUUUGUUUUUCUGCCUUCACACAUGGGUUCACAGUCUACGGUAGGUUGCCGUAAAUAUUUUUUGCACCCAAAAUUAAGUGCAAUUUAAUCAGAACACCAUCAGAACAGCGUUUGAAAAGCUUUUAUUUUAGGACCGAGUAAAAAGAGUUUACAUGUAGACGAUUUUAUUCUAUUUUACGGAAUAUCACGGUUUCAGACCGCCAAAGGCCAAAAGACGAACUGAAUCCUCAGUUAUGGGCGUCCCAUUCCGAGAUCUUUAAUCAUCCAUCCGGAAAGAAACCCGCCAUCAGACAAGUGGCUGCUCUACCUCAACUUUUAGAGCGGAAUCCUCGCGCUGAAGGGGUCUUCAAUAAUCUCGAAUUCUUUGCCAACCCACAAUUUAAGAUCAAUUGGGAGAAUGAAACGAGGCACAAACACGUUGACCAUGUUCUCAAAUUCACGGACAAUCGUAUUACACAUGCUGAUAGACUAAACCCCGAUCUCUUAAAUCAAAGAGUUAAAAAGUUGUCUUGA